UUUUCACCACACUAGUCUCUAGAGUUUGCAAAGAAUGGUGCAAAAAACAAUCCCGUGAGCAGUAGUUCUGCAGACAUAAAUUCCUUGUUAAUGAGAGACGUCAGAGGAGAAUGGCCAGACUGGUCAAAGCUGACAGGAAGGCCAGUAACGCAAAUAACCACACAUUACAAGUGGUAUACGGAAGAGCAUCUCUGAACACACAAUGCAUCAAACUGGAUAGGCUAUAGCAGACACCAGACAAGCUCAGUAAAGCGUAGAAAACUAUUUGAAUCCAAAACAAUUUCAUAGGUAAUUGUCUGAUAGUCUGUGGGCGCCUGGUAGUUUUGGUACAGACUGUGCAUGCAAACAGCUGGUUUCUUGAGCGGGAGUUUCUACACCACUACCCUAGAUGGCGCUGUGUAUAUCCCAGGCACGUGAACAUUGCCAGUCGUAAACAUGGCAGUCAGUUGGCUUAUUUUGACCUUUGACUCUCGUACAGUAAAACCUGUUAGAAAACCUUACGUGUGACAGGAGGAAUCAAAACAGUUUACGCAACAUUACGGUGCAUUUCCCAUUCUGGCUGCAGCUAUACACGAUGCCCAAAUAUUGUUCGGCUCCGAAUUGCAAGAAUGACGCAAAGAAUUCCGACAGGAAGAGUUUUUACAAGUUUCCGCUGAAUGACCCAACCAGGCUGAAGCAGUGGCUGAUGAACAUGGGUCGCGAGGACUGGACCCCGUCACGACAUCAGCACCUGUGUCACGAGCACUUUAAGCCCUGCUGCUUCACCCUGCGCUGGGGCAUCCGCUACCUGGCCAACGACGCCGUGCCCACCAUCUUCCAGCUCUGCGAGACCACGGAGAAAAGGAAAGGAGGGGACCGGUCGGAGCGGAAUCCCAAACGGCCGCGGAGUUCCAGCAGGAGGCCCGCGGCGGGAACGCCGCCCGGCGACCCGAUGUCCCGGGACGGCGAGGCAGAGCCGGUGCAGCUGUACGCCAUCACUGUGGAUCCCUCUCUUUCUGCGCAGCCUGCGCAGUCCGUGCUACUGGACCCCACGCUGUGUCCAGUGCAGGGGCUGGGCGGCCAUCUUGUGUCCGUGGACGAGCUCCCGGUGACGCUGUUCCAGACGGUGGAGGACCUGGCCGAGGGGGGCGAGGGAGGGCAGCGCAUCGAGGUGCUGGUGAAACCGGAGGAGCUGGGUGAGGAAGAGGAGGAGGAGGGGCGGGGGAUGGCGAGUGCGGGCGUGGUUGUAAACGAGGCCCCUCUGCGCGCCCUCCCCGCCGCGUCCUCCCUCACUGUGGAGAACCUGGCCCUGGAGGCGGUGGAGCCCCCUGCUGCCCCGGAGGACCCCGGCAUGCAGAUCAUCGCCUACUUCGAGACCAUCCCCAACGUGCUGCCGCAGCCCGGCCCCGCCCCGGACACGGUGCUGUCGUCCGCUCUCAGCUCCAAGCCCAUCGCCUCCACGGUCCCCAUCGUGUCCAAGCACCUGCCCCCCAGCCCUGGCUCCCUGGUGCUGACCCUGGAGAGGCUGCAGGGCCCGGGGAGUGAGGCGGAGGGGGUGGCCGUGGAGGAGCAGGGCACGCAGCCGCCAGGAAAACGGCUGGAGGAGCACCGCUACCACAAGAACAGCCUGAGCAAGGAGCAGCUGGAGGCCAUCGUGAUGGAGCUUCAGAAGAAGGUGAAGGUCCUGCAGCAGAGGCACCGCAGACACCUGGACAAGCUGCUGGGCCUGGAGAGCACGGUCAGUCAGCUACGGCACAGCAACCUGGUGAACGAGGAGAGACUGCAGCUCCUGGAGAAGGCGUACGUACAGACCAGCGCGGCGGUGUCGGAUGCUGGGGAGACCGUGGCUAUCAUCUGCGAGGAGGAGAACACGGCGUACCUCUACGCUCUUCCCAAGAGCGAAGUGGACGUGGAGAUCGACUAAGGACCGAGGAAGCAGGCAAAGCGCUGAAGCGGCUUUCGUUCCGUGCGUAGAUUUGGAUACGACGUCCCCCGGCCCUCCUGGUGCGAAGCACGGUGUGAUGAAAGCGAAUGAAAGGUGUGCUGACUGCACAGCAGCUGAAGACCAUGAUGAUGAUGAUGAUGAUGAUGAUGAUGAUGAUAAUUAUCAUGAUUCACAUGAUCUUAAAAUAUGCCCCCUUUCGGGGCCAAGAGACGGGUAAACGGGAGUCAAAUGGAGACGAGUGUGCAAGUAGUGUGUUGUCAUUUGCGACUGGCAUCGUUGUGCUGGCACUUGGCUGUAUCACAGUUGAUCUUGGUUAAAGCAGAGCUUGCUUAGUUGACUGUUUUUUUUCUUUUGCUAACAUAUCUUCCUCGGUUGGUUGCUUCUCUUUGUGAAAUAUACUGCAAGUAAAAAAGAAUAAUAAUAAUAAUAAUAAUAAUAAAUAAAUUAAUUCUGAAAUCACUGUCUGAUGAAAGUGUGAUGGUGUGAUUUCUUCUGGCCUAUCAUGUUUGGUUCCUGGGCUCAUUCCAGUCGCUUAUUCUUCUCCGCUCUUUCCCUGUCCUUGCUCCUGACCCAGAAAUCAAAUGAGGUCCGCCAUCUUUAGGACGUUCCAACCCCUUAAAUUUUCCUUCUAUCAGCUCUUAAUAGAAGUUAGGAACUCCCAAUCUUUCCUUUGAGCAAGAAAACUUCUUUGCAGAAGUUUUUUUCGUGGCUUCAAACUGACGUUUGAUGGAUCAAGGAUAUUCCAUUUGCCCAAUUAAUGUUUGCUCCAUUCCCCGUCUUUAUUCUUUUUCUUUCAUCUUUUUGUAGCCUCUCCCAACGGGUAGAGCUCAGGGCCAGAAAAGGAAAAAGAAAAAUAAGGGAUUGAAAUGAGCACAUUGUCUUCUUUUCUUCUACAUCUUCUUUUGAUGUAGUUGUUAAACAGCAUCACUUCCUGAGGUGAAAACUUAAAGGCUUAUAGGGUGUUCGGACUAAACCUGAUGAAUUCAGAAGAAAUGUUGUGACACUGGGAAUUUGUGCUCAUCUUAAUGCAUAUUGAAGGUGAACUUUGUAGAAAUACUGGAAUUGCAGUAAAAGUAAAUUCUUCAAUUGUUUUACCUCACUGUCCUUGUGUUUCUUCCGCCCUUAACUCCUCAAUAAAUUAUUGUGAUUAUGGUCUGAUUUUUUUACCAUGAA